AUGGCGACCCGCGUGACCAACGUCGUUUCCUUCCCGCUUUGUUUUGCCGCUCACUCGCCUCGUCUGCAGGUCACUUCUCUGCGGUGGGCGCAUUGUGCGGGGCUCGCACAAGCUCUCAGGUCUCAGGCGCAUGCCUCGUCCGCGCCGGCUGGUGCUUCUUCCGCCGUGCCUGUCGCGGCUGUCCUGCGUGCGGGUAGUCGGCAGAGGUCUCGAGCCGUGAGCAGCACUUCUGCGCUUUUGUCCAGCAGAGGACCCCGUUGCCUUUCUUGCCUCGUUUCGCCCUGCCUCGCCUCAUGCGCUACACGCUCUCCGGGCUGCAUGCGUUCGUCGUGUUCGCCCCUCGUCACCUGUCUUUCCUCCUCCUCUUCCGCUACGUCUUCCGCUACGUCUUCCGCUUCUUCGCCGACCAGGGCGAACCAAUAUUCCUUUUUUAGUCAACGUAAUCUGAAGAAACACGCGUCUUGCUAUUCUGCGGCGCCGGAUGGAAAUACCGGGGGCCACUCGGGCGCCGCCGCGCCAGUGUCAGCAAACCGAGAAACGCAGAGGAAAAGGAGGGAGGCUAAAGAAUUGUGUGACGCGGUACCCUUCUCGUCAAACUGCGCUGUAGCUCCUUCCUUCCGGUCGCUUUCCUUUUCAUGCUCAGUCGUCGCCUCGCCUCGCGCGUUGUCGAGGUGUACAUACACCCGAGAAUUCAGCACCGAAAGCGAAACAGAGAAAAACAAGUACGGCCCAGACGCGCCUCAUCCUCCCCCUGGUCUCCGCUGGUCGUGGUGGGAGCUGUAUGUAAAGGGCGUGAAUCCGGAGUAUCCGCCUCGCCAGCGUAUGUACGCAUUCCUGACGGCUCAAGGCGUGGACGUGCUCGAGAUGGAAAUCCGGGAGAUUGAGGAUGCCACGCGGUGGUUGGAAAUGCGAAAUGUGUACGGAGAAAAGUUCCCUCGCUUCCCCUACGACGUCACACUUGAUGAUAAAGUGCAGGAGCUACGGGAAAAAUACCCCUUGGUCGACAAGCGGGACGAGUGA